UAGACGCCGCCGCACGGGCUUUACCUCCUCUAUGUUUCAAUGGGGUGAUAGCUUGGUGCAGUAAGUGCGACCUCGCCCUGGUACCGAAGAGACGCGACCCAGCCGAGGGCGAGAGGAGGCAACGGCUGCGAACUGUCGCUUGCCAAGGGCCUGGCUCUUAAGACCAGCCCGAUCAAGCGACAAUGUUCAGAAGUGCCCUUCUUACUUGAGUAGCUUUGAGGGUUAUUUUUCGCCAAGCCGCCUUUGCAUUUAGUCGGUAUAGAAAGUUUGAUGGGGCUUGCCAGAAAAUAGCCCUCGAGUACUAUGAGACAAAAUGAUUCACACCUCGUACGUUUUGGUUGAUAUCUCUUUUGCUCACGAGCAGCCUCGUACGACAAUAUGACGAAUUCAGAAAACCAUUCACAAGUUAAGAAUGACGCGUGCCAUUCUGCAGAACGAAAGUGUUGAUUACCUUUUAGCAAACGUGCCAAGUAUUACGAUGAUAACAGCUCAAUAAAAUGCGUUACUUAUGAUCAAACAAGCACAUGACGCUCUCGUUGUAAGUUGAAAUUAAAGUUUAUUUAAUUUCUUGCCAUUUUUGGAUGAAAGGGAAAAUCUUGUGGGGUAACAUAGUUUGGUGAAGGGUCUCCCUGGCCAAAACUGACAGUUGACUGUUGACUCACUAGAUUUUUUAAACAAAAAAUACAGUAUGAAUGUGAUUUUAGGCUAUGCUUAGUUGUAUGAGUGAUGUGUACAUAAUAAUUAGUAGGAUUAUUUUCUUUGUUAACGAACGUUUUGGACGAUAACGAAAAUGUCCAUCGUUUUCCCCUAUUGUAGGUUUACAAAGCUCGACAGUAAUUUUUCUGUGAUAUCGAGAACGCGACACUUUUCACUGCGAAGAAAAGUUGUGUCUAGUGGUUACCGCCGUAUGCUAAAAGAUACGUAAAAUUUAAGGAAAACAUAAACGGUUGUAUGAUGAUGUACUUUUAAUCUUGUUUUGAUCAAAUGAGUUUUGAAAUACUAUCUAAUUUAUUCACACAAAGGUAAGCUGAAGCGUAAUACAUACAAACAAGUAGUAGUGUUCUAUACCUAGUUUCCCUCUAGUCAUAUAGGUGAAAGAGCGCUGGUCUAGAGGGCAACUAAAUCGAUUUUUAUUUGUGAAACCGCAUGACGGAAAACCCACAGUUGCCAUGAUUAUGUAUUUAAGCAAAAUGUUUUUGAGUAUUGAACUUGCACACUUUAGUAAUUGUCUGCUUACUGUACCUUUUAGCUUAUUCCAAGUGAACCAAAGGUUCGCGCCAUAUGAAGACUGCCCUUCACUUCCCUUUGAGUUUCUUUGAAAUUACAUUUGCUAUGUCAAGCAACUGAGUGAACACGAAACUAACUUGCUAACUUAUAACAAUGAUUUUCUUUUAUUUCACGAAAUAUUUUGAAAUAAAUAUAAAGUUACAAAUAGUUUUUCCAUAGUGAAUAGUAAGACUCCUCUAUGACAUCCUGGAUGUGUUGAGUGUGACGUUUUCAGCUGCAUGGGUCACACCAACUGAGACCGCAAAGGUCAACCUCUCCGUUUCGGAUUUUAGGUCCUCAUUGGGCUGGCGGCGGCAACGCACACACGUAAGAAUUCAAAAUAAGGUGCUCAAUAUUUAUAGGAUUUGGCUGCUUCCUUGCAAAUAUUACUCAAGAUUCUUCAGUUGUCUUAAUGAGUGGGUCACAUGACAUUAAUAUGCUCAACGUCCUAUGUCUCUCCUUGUGAAAUGUAUUUUGGCAAGUAAGAGGAUAACAGCAAAAAUGCUGAAAAAUCAUUGUUAAAUCAGUUCAAAGCUUUUCAUGCAGGAUUUGAUUUCUACAAAACAUUUCUUUGCAAAUGCCGAGCCUCUUAAUCCUUCGCGAAUUGAAAAGCAUGUGCAGUACGGGACGUUAAGGGAACAGUAUAUUAUUGUUAAAAUCCUUAAAAAAUUUACUGUUAUUGAUCUGCCAUGGACGCACUAAAAAUCCCAGUGGAAAAAGCAGAAAAAAAUAGAAAAGCAGGGAGGUUGGAGGUGAGCGGGUGGAAUGUGUUCUACGUGAUGGAGUUAAGGGGGGAGGGGGGGAGUGACUCCUGUGAGGAAAAGAUGUAGAAAAUAAAAGUUGGGUUUGAAUGGAGGAAGGGGGGAGAAUCUGCGGAGCGGGCGACCAACAGAAGCGUAUGCUGCGACAGUAUUUAGGCACAGGUGGAGGUCGGAUCACAACGCAGUCGCGCGAGACACGGGUCACCGGUGCGGAACAGUCAGCAAGUCCCUAAACUAUGAUGAGUUCUCACGUGGUAUGGACGGCUCUGGCCCUGCUCACCGUGUGCGCGCUGACGCCGCUGACGAGCUGCGAGAGCGACGAGGACAAGCCCUACAAGUUUGGCUUCAACAUUGAGAAGUACCAGCACCGGCUGGAAGAGAAAGACAAAAAGGGUAUCGUGAAGGGGGAGUUUGGCUUCGUGACCGGUGACGGUGUGUACCACGAGACGGCCUACGCGACCGACGAAAAUGGAGACUUCAAAAUCCUGGGCAUGAGGAGCUACUUCGUCGGCCUGCGUGAGUAUACACAUAGUGUCGGGUGCGCGCCCUCGCGCGCGCCUCCUUAUUCGCGCGUUACACCGAAAACUCAAGUAAGUGUGUGAAUGUCGCACACUUGUAUGUGUGUGAACGCCAUUCGUACACAUGGAGAUGCACAAGUCUGUAAAUUGUCAAAGGCAAAUUCACACCUUCAGCUCCUGCAAGUGUACGAACGAAUGGUCAUGCACACAUCUACUAGUGUGCGAGAUUCACACACUUGCGUUUUGCAGAGUAUUCGCGGCCCGGCGGCGCGUGCCCGCGUAAGCGACGAUAAACCAUUUUCUGGCACUUUGAUUGCCCGCGACAAGACGUUUACCCCGCGUUAUCCGCGCGACCGCUGGCAGCAGACGCCGCCCACUUCCUCGGCCAUAAAAUUGUGGUUUUGUUUCCUCUUUUCGACCCAUUCCGAGCCAUUGACUAUAGAAUCAUCAGACUCUCACUCGGCCGGACCCCCCGCAGCCCGCCGCUCUAUGAUGUGGUCCUGCUGCUCACUGGAUCCUAAAAAUAUGAAACGACACAGGCUUCACCUGCUCAUAAGUGUAAGACUAGAAUAUGCUAAGACAAAAAAAUAAAAUCAAAACGCUGACGCAGCGCCGGCGACGGCGCGGCUACUUCGGCCGUUGUCACCUAUAACGUGUGGUCACCGCUCGCACGCGCCCUGCCGAGUUCCGCCUCUAAUAUUCGAAAGGAGUGCCAUCACCAAGGUCAUCCAGCUUUGUCUAGGCUGACAUUUUUUCGACGCGACCUACGAGUCAACCGCUCGGCUGUUUUGGAGAAAGGAGUACCAAACAAGGAAGAAAAUGAAAACUGAUAAACAAAAUGAAUUCUAAAAUUUUCCUGAGUAGAGAACAGAAUUCGGAAACGGGAAGGGAAAAGAGAAUUUUUAUUACGGAAAAGUGUUUUCUUUGUCCAUGCUCUAAAAUGCUAGGCUGAGAGCCCCAGGUAGAACACAAUCGUCAAAAACUCGUCAAUGACCCUCAUUUGACGGCAAAAUGAGCUCAUUCUGGCUAUCUAGCCGUAGUAAAUUUUGACGAUGAGCGUCAAAAAGAGGUCAUUGUGACAAACGUGUUCUACCUGGAAGGACAACAGUAUGAGCGCCUGGUAGGUAGGCAAUAGUCUCGUUCUGCUGCGCAUCGCAGCUGAGCGGGAGGCCUACCCAACGGUCGCCAGGGGUCCAGAGG